GUACAAGUACAAGUACUUUGAGUGACACUAAUUCAAUCAUUUCCCGAGCGCCAUAAUUGUCGCGAAGUAACGCAUUGUCCGUCUGGGAUUUGUAAAGAUUGUUUGUGUGUUGUGGUCAUUCCGUUGAAUUUUUAAAGGAGUUGGGUGUGGACUAGCAUAGUUUUUAAAUUUUGACGCCUAGCUCACCUCUAGCAAAUAAGUUUUAAAAUACAUGUAAGGUGCUUGGGCUCAAGUCGUGUUUUUGUAUGGGUUAUGGUCAAGGACGUCAUUUUUACAAGUUGACAUCACAGUAGAAGCAGAAUGAGCUCUAUUGCACAGAAGAUUGAUUUCACAAUGCUGAGUGACGACGAGCCGGAGACCUGCGAGCUCUCCAUCAACAGCAUGUCGUCGGACGAGCUGUUGCCGGCGGUGGACGGCGUGUCGCCGCCGCCGGCAGCGCGCCUCUUCCACCCGCCGUCGAUGACGUCGAGCCCGCGCCGGCCGCUGUCGCGGCUGCCGGCGCCGCUCUGCCGCGACGGGCCGCACCACCCGCUGUCGGCCGGCCAGACGCCGGCGGCGCCCAAGCCGACCAGCCGGCUGGCGCGCGACCGGCUCAGCUCCACCUCGCCCUCGCCGCCGUACAAACGGAUCAAGGGUGAGCCGCCGCACUACACGCGCGUCGGCCAGCGAUUCGAGGGUCUGCACCUGGGUGACGUGCCAACCACACCGCGCACGCUGCUCGAGGACUGCAUGAUGCCGCCGCAGGCGCCGCGCGACCUCAACGCUAACAGCCUGCUGCGCUCGCGCCCCGACAUGCGCAAGGUGCUGGCGCGCACCCGACCGGGCCGCGACCGCGACCGCGCCGCCGCCGUCAACGUGAACCCGUUCACACCCAAGAACCGGGCGGCGAGCGAGCGCAAACGGCACCGGGACAGCGUCAGCGGCGCCGAUGGCUCGCUGCUGUCGGUGUCGACCGACUGUUCGAUGGACGAGGGCGAGCCCGAGGAGCCGGUGCCCGCCAAGCGGCUGGCGCUCAGCGACGCCAACGUCUCGCGGCUCGACCACGAGUUCGUGCUGCAGGAGGAGGUGGGCUGCGGACAGUUCGGACAGGUGUUCCGCUGCACCAACCGGCUCGACGGCUGCACGUACGCCAUCAAACGCAGCCGAAAACCGGUGGCCGGCAGCUCGCACGAACGCAGCGCGCUGAACGAAGUCUACGCGCACGCCGUGCUGGGCAAGCACCAGUACAUCGUGCGCUACUACUCGGCCUGGGCCGAGAACAACCACAUGCUGAUCCAGAACGAGUUCUGCACGCGCGGCAGCCUGGCCGCGCUGCUGGAGAAACACCGCGCUGCCGGAACACUGCUGCCCGAGGCGCAAAUCAAACGUAUGAUCCUGCACGUGGCGCGAGGACUCCGGUACAUCCACUCGAUGCACCUGUGUCACUUGGACCUGAAGCCGGGCAACAUCUUCCUGACGGACAACGAGCUGUACAGCGGCGAGCGUCGCGCCGGCUCGCGGCUGGCCGAGGACGACGCGAGCGUGGUCAGCUCCGACGACGGCUUCGACGAGGACCUAGCCGAGGAAGACGACGAGAUCAUCUAUAAAAUCGGCGACUUUGGCCACGUGACCUCCCAGGAGGAGCGUCAGGUGGAGGAGGGCGACUGCCGCUACAUGCCGCGAGAGAUCCUGGUCGAGGACUACGAGUGUCUGGCCAAGGCGGACAUGUUCGCGCUGGGCCUGACGGCGCUCGAGUGCGCCUGCGGCCAGCCGCUGCCCAAAAACGGCGAGCCGUGGCAGGCGCUGCGGGACGGCAUCGUACCGCCGCUGCCCGGCUUCUCCGAGGACCUGCGGCGACUCAUCCAGCUGCUGAUCGACCCUGACCGGGCGCGGCGUCCGACGGCCGCCGAGCUGCUGGUCCACCCGUGCCUGCAGCCGGCCAGCUGCCGCAGCCGCGCCCAGCUGCGCAGACAGCUCAACGCCGAGCGGCUGGAGAACCAGCUGCUGCGCUCGCAGCUGGCCGACCUGAGCAGCACGCACUGCUCACCGGAGCGGGGCGGCGGCGGCCGGCGUGCCAUCGGCCGCGGCACGCCCCGCAGUCGGAGCACCACCUUCUGACUGGACCGGGCGCGUCAGCGGCACCGCCGGGCCUAGCUCGCUGGUGCGGUGGGGUCGGCAGAUCGCUCCGUCUACAGACUGCUGAUGUGAGAGCGGGACAAGGUGUGCGCGAGUGUGUGGCUGAGGAUCCUUCCCGGUUCUGUCUCGUGUUUCAGUGUGCGCCUGCUGCGCUGUGCGCGCGUCUGUGAGUGUUGCAGUGUCUCCGUUUGCUGUCCGCCGUGACGCUCCUCUGUCGGUCCGCGGCAGCGCCGCACACCCCCUCCGCCCGUCCCAGUAUACGGCAGCCUUUUUGUACUCGCCGGGCGGCGGGCGGAUUUUAACCUCGGCCAGGUGCCGAUUUUACCGCUGUUAUGAGGGGACCACUUUUCUGCCGGUCGGCCGGCCGGCCCUUUUUACUGUAGACGCGCGCGGCUCUCGGCCGGUCUCGCGGCACUGGGAGGGACGCACUCCCAGUCAGGGUAUUGUCUUUCAGCAUGCCGUUUACCAGGACCAGACGCACGCGCGCGAACGCGACCGGUUGUGAACUCUCGUCCCCGGGUCUGUCGGGCGCCGCCCGUACGUGUGUACAUAUAUCUAUAUAUUAUAUAGUACGUGUAGUGCGCAGUGCCGCCCCGGCGGCGGCUGGGCCGCGGCUUGUCUAGUUUUCUGAUCCUUUUCGCGGCGCGAAUGUGUCGAGUGAGCGUGUAAUCAUGAUUGUGCCGGCGCCGCGUCCGCCGGCGUGUGCCUUGAGCGUGGCUGUGACCGCCCGCGGGACGAAGAAGAAACGAACCAAGAGCCGAGACAGUUGGUAUUUUAUUCGUCUUUAUUGAACGUUUCCAAUAAAGAAUGAGAGCAGUA